AUGGCCCCUAAUUUCUACCCUGAGAUAGAUCUUGUGAAGGAGGCAGUUAUUCCACCUGAAAGUGCGGUGAUUGUGUCUUCACCUGCUAAAGAAGCUGCCCCGUCCAAGACUCAAAGCAACUCUCUUUCCCAUCGUUUUACAGAACUGGUUGGCGAUAACAAGCUGCUUGAUGGCAUAUCCGUGAGAUCUCCUGUGUAUCUGACAGAUUUCUUCUACACGUGGCGUACAAAGCUAGGAGAAACCACAGAUUACUUUUGUAACUCUGUGGACCGCGCGUCGAUGAAAUACUAUGACCAUGAAAGAAGGCUGACGUCCACUAUCGCAAAUCUACAUUCGGAUCCAAGAGAGCUAUUAUUGCCUGGUCUGACUUAUUCCCUGGUAGCUGCGAUGUCCGGAUCUGUCCUCACUAGGAACAGAAAUAUACUUGCUAGGAUUGCAGCACCAGUCAUCCUUGGUGUGUCUUGUUUCUCAUACGUGUUGCCUGUUACUUUCUCGAACACUGCUGGCUUACUACACGACCUAGAAAAGAAGGCAUUCCCCAAUCUAGUUCAAAAGCAAGAUGUUGUUUACAAUGCUUGCCGGAAUACGGCGAUAAAAACAAAAUCAGCUUUCGCAUCAACGGUAACUGGUGUGUCAACCGGCAUUCAUAAGACCGCAACGUUUGUGAAAGAGUGGACUGGUCUGAAUAUUUAA